AGAGAAAGAGAGAGAGAGAGAGGUGAAUAUGGGGAGAGGGAAGAUCGCGAUCCAAAGGAUCGACAACAGGACCAACCGGCAGGUGACCUUCUCCAAGCGGCGCAACGGGCUCAUGAAGAAGGCCCGGGAGCUUGCCAUCCUCUGCGAUGCCGAUGUCGGUCUCAUCGUCUUCUCCUGCACCGGCCGCCUCUACGAGUUCACCAGUUCCAGCAUGAAAUCGAUAAUUGAACGCUACCAGGAGGCAAGAGAGGACAAUAAUUGUCGGCUGUUAAAUCCAAUCUCUGAGGCAAAGUUUUGGCAGAUGGAGGUUGCAACGCUCAGGCAGCAAGUGCAGAACUUACAAAACAAUAAUCGUAAACUAAUGGGAGAGGAACUCUCUGGCUUGGCAAUUAGAGACUUGCAGUUUCUUCAGAGCCAAAUUGAAAUGAGUUUGCAGUCCAUCAGAAAGAAAAAGGAACAGCUUUUAACGGAGGAGAUCAUGCAACUCAACAAAAAGGGAAUCGUCCUUCAAAAGGAGAAUGUUGAACUUAAAAAGGAGGUCAGCAGUGCUCAUCAGCACAAAUUAGAGUUACAGAAGAAGCUCUCUGGGGAAAGCACAUCAGGUGAUUGUGAUAGAGCAAGUGGAAGCGGCUCUGAUAAAGUUCCUGGUAGAUCAAUUGCACAUGAUGCAUCUGAACAUAUUAGCCUUGCCUUGAGCAUAGAAGGACAUGCAGAUGAAUAACAACUGUGCACAAAGUCAACCACUACUGCAAAGUAAGAGAGAUGUCAUGAGACAUAUAAUAAGGAGCCAUUCCAGAGGACAAAGCUUGGCCCUUCAUCGGUGCUGUUUGUGUGGGAAACUUCAAAACCUAAAUUUUAUACUACUUAUUUUUAUACAAUUUUGGCUUAUUAGGUAAAGUACAACAAAACAGUAUGGGCAAGAUUAUUAGGUACAGUGGAACUUUUUGUUUAAUAUUGGUUUACAAGAAGGGCGUAGAGAAGGUCACACUGAUAGUCACAUUGUCUGUAAUGUAUCAAGUAUCCAAACUCAAGGUGGAUGGGUUUAAAUCAUAUCCUCCUUGAUCCACUAAGUCGUUUCCCUAUAUUA